AUGGCAUCUCAUUUUGUUGAUCCUGCUAUUAUUGGCUUCAGUAAACUGAAUGUAUCCCCAAUCUUGUCGGGUUCAGAACAAUCAAGAUCAAGUUCCUUCUCCUCUUCCACCACCAAGUCUGGAACCACAGCAUCAACCAUCAGCAACUCCUCCACCCUCCACAAAGAGAGCUCCGACAACUUCAACGCUCUUCUCAAAAAAGCCUUCCUUGUCCAAAAACAAAAAGAAGCCUUAGCGAACAACAAAACCUUCAUCCCUUCCUUCGCCACAGAACCCAAUAUCUACAAACCCGACCCCGGCUUCGUCCCAGACGUCGAUUAUUACAGAGAUGCUUUCAACGAAGCCAUUCACCAAGCUAAUGCCGAUGUUUCAAAUCCAGCCAAUAAAUUUGGUGUGGAAAAUACCACUAUUGACGAUAUCGCUACCUAUUACAUAUUCUGCGUGGCCAAGUUGAUUAAUUUUGCGAAUCCUUAUACGCCAAAAGCGUUCCAACAUGAGAUCUUGCCGGGAGAGUGGGCGCAGUUUGUGCAAGGAGAGGACGGUGCAACUGAGAGGGUCUGGGUUUAUUGGAAUGGUGUUUGGAACGAGUAUGCUACGAAUUGA